AUGAGAGUAGCUAUGAUGAGCGAUUUCUUCUAUCCUCGCCUGGGAGGAGUGGAGAACCACAUCCUUAACCUGAGCAAAGAGCUGAAGAAGCUAGGACACACUGUAAUAAUCAUAACCAAUGCUAACACAGGCGUAUCAGGAGUGCGCUAUGUAGACGGAUUUAAAGUGUACUAUCUCGAAUUGUUUACGCUUUUUGGCGGAUCAGUAUUUCCCACAGUGCUGUGUAGCAGCAUGCCCAUAGUAGAGCUGCUGCUAGCUGAGGAAAUAGAGAUCGUCCACGGCCAUCAGUGCAGCACAAUGGCUAUAGAAGGGAUAUUCCACAGCAGGCUGCUAGGGAUACCUACCUGUUUUACCAACCAUUCGCUUGUGAAAAUAGAGUCGCUUGGAGGAGUGGUUACGUCUUCCACCUUUCGGAUGAGCAUAAGAGAGAGCAAGGGAAUAAUAUGUGUCUCUGGGGCAACGAGAGACAAUACUGCAGACAGGCUAGGCAUUGAUGGAUAUAAUAUUAGAGUAAUACCCAAUGCUGUGACAGAAGAGUUUAAGCCAUCGAAUGAGCCCCUGGAAUGGAUACCAUCAGAUGAAGCUGCAGAAAAUAAUGAAGUGAAAAGAUUAAACAGUGAUGGUAUGAUGAAAGGCAGGAAAAGUGGUAGUAGUCUUAUAAAAGAUGGUGGGGUAGAUGGCUCUACAGACGGGAGUAUAAAAAGUAGAGUUGUGGAAAAUGAAAAGAUAGAUGAAAAUGUAAGAACUACUGCUGGUACUACCAAUUUAAGGAAUGAGAGUGUUAUAGUAGAAGAUAAUGAAGUAAACAGUGCAACAACAGAAAGUGUAAGGGGUGCAGAAGAUCUUAUAAUUAUAUCUGUGGUUAGCAGACUCACUGCUAGAAGAGGUGCUGGCUUGUUGGCUGACGUACUGCCGUCUAUCUGUCGCAUGGACGACAGAAUUAGGAUAGUAAUAGCUGGAGAUGGAGAGAAAAAGGAGCUGUUAGAACAGACAGUUGAAAAGUACCAUUUGAAGGGAAGGGUGAAGUUCUUGGGGGGAGUGCAUCCUUCAGAGGUAAAGAACAUCUUGAACAGAUCCAACCUGUUUCUCAACACAUCGCUAACGGAUGCCUUCUGCAUAAGCAUAAUAGAGGCAUCUGCCUGCGGGCUGUACGUUGUAAGCACCGAUGUAGAUGGAAUUAGCGAGGUACUGCCUGGCGACAUGAUCACUCUCGUGCCCCCCACAGCAGAAGGCAUCGUUUCAGGCAUAAAAGCAUCCAUUCCGAAAAUAUCAGCAUACAACAGGAAACUGUCGCAUGCAAGAGUGCACUCAAUGUACAAAUGGUCGCUGGUGGCCAAAGAAACAGACACAGUCUAUAGGGACAUCUUCAGAGAAAGCGCUAAAGCGUCGCUAAGAGACAGACUAAAGCUCUCUAUAAAGCGCAUCUACAGAACGGAAAAAGACAGACUUUCUUUUCUGUUUAAAUUUCUGCUGGUCAUUAAUUAUGCAAUAAUUUUCAUAUCAGCUGUGCAGUAUGAGAAUAAGAGAAGACACAGACAGUAG